AUGGCCGCUCGCGUUCCUUUCAUUGCGGGGAAUUGGAAGAUGAAUCCUACCUCAGUGGAAGAGGCCAUCAGCCUGGCGAAGGCCAUCGCGGACGGCAAGGGGAGCUCUAAGGCUCAAGUAGCUAUCUGCACUCCCCACCCGUUCUUGGCAGCUUGCAAGCCUCACCUGGACAAGGGAGGAAUCGAUCUUGGGGCUCAGGCCUGCUACUUUGAGCAGAAGGGAGCAUACACGGGGGCCACCUCCACCUCUAUGAUCAGGAGCGUUGGAGCAAAGCAUGUCAUUGUUGGCCAUAGUGAGCGUCGUACUGUCUUCCAUCAGACGGACGAGAUGGUCAACCAGAUCAUCCACAAGGUCCUUGCCGACAACAUGCUGCCUAUCUUGUGCGUUGGGGAGACCAAGGAAGAGUAUGAAAGUGGAUUGAACACCCAGAUCUGUGCUAUACAGCUAGCGAAGGGAUUGAAGGGUGUGUCCAAGGAGGAUGCAAAGAAAGUCACCAUAGCAUAUGAACCAGUCUGGGCCAUCGGAACUGGACUCGUUUGCGAUGCCAGCGUGGCACAGGAUGUUCAUAAGUUUAUCAGGGGAUGGCUAGCAAACAUGUACGACCAGGAAACUGCUGACACAAUUAGAAUCCAGUACGGUGGAUCAGUUACCCCUGACUCUGUCGACGAGCUCAUGUCCAAGCCUGACAUCGAUGGUUGCUUGGUUGGAGGAGCCUCACUAGAUCCAGCCAAGUUCACCCGCAUCAUGAACUUCAAGUAG